AUGAGUGUCGUCGAUUCGUCAAUGACUCGUAAUCUACCAUUACAGGUCGCAUUUCACCCAAGGAUGAAUUACGAAAUCGUGUACAGCAUAGUUCGUUACCUCAAUGUCAUCUCUGAGAAAAACCUUUUCGACGUGAACCCUCUGAGAAGCCCAGCAAUGGUGCAAUUGAUUGCUUUACUAACAUAUUCAAAUUUGCCAAUUCGAAACUAUCACCUCGAGAAAAUGGAUAAGGUUGCUAACAAUCAGGUCAGGAGUCGUCCCUCGAAUUGCAGAAAUAUGGAUUCUCGAGAGAACCCUCGUUUGUCUGUCCGACAGGACUCUGGUUGCAUGAAUACGACGACCGUCUGUAUCCCUCGCUUUCGAGCCGAAGAGAUUCCGACCUCAAGUAGAAUUGUAGACAGAUACCUCGAAGAAAGACCGAUUCAACAUUCCCCGCCGAGGAUUGAGGUGUCUCGAGAGCGUUCCAAUCAUGCCUACGAGUUGAAUGGAGGAUAUUCCCUUCAGAAGACUCCGUAUGACCUCGGGAUUCGUACUCCUUGGAGUAUGACCCCGAUGGAGGAAUGGGCGGCUUACCACGUGGCAAUCUUUGAUUUCCUCGAGGUUAGAUGCCCACGCCCUCGUUACUCUACUUCAAGAUUAUCCUCGUUGAGAUUGAUUCGUGAAAACGACUUGAUCUGCGGAUCCAUACCCUCGAUAUAUUCACAGCCGGACUCGCAUGGUUAUGGAGAUAUCUGUCAUAUCCGUCAAGUCGCUCAAAAAGCGAUGCUGAAGUUUCAUCAUAAGCUACAGUCGAGAUUCCUCGAUUCUAUCUUAUCGCUCAAAUGGAAUCCUUCGUAA